UUCAGGUGAGGAGAGGCACGUCACCGACUGCCGGUGAAUAUAAAUGACAGAAUAACCAAUGAGGAGGAACCGCGUAUCAUUUUCUCCGAAUCUUCUAGAAUUCCAGCCUUUGUAAAAGAAAAUGUGAGAUGGCAGACUAUGGGAAGUUGGAGAGAUGGUUUGAGCAACAAUAACAAAUCAAGAGAUUGUUGAUGAGAGCAUAGAAGAGAUGGAGCCUCAUGAACUUCUAAUGGGAAGACUUGUGAGAGGUGAGGAUCAUACCCAACUAGAAAGAACAGGAUUUGCUUGUCAUACAGAUUUACAUUCCAAAGUAUGUUUGACAAACAACCCAACAAGAAUCAACAAUACCAACCUUGAAUUCUACAUCUCAACCAACAAUGAUUCUCAACAAAAUAACUUUUCUCCAAUCUUAAUUCAUCCAUAUGCAAGACAGGAGGACAAAAUCACCUUAAGAGAUGUUACUCCACUCAAAAUCAUAUUCCAACCAAACAAAACCCUUUUACCUCUUUGUCAAUUCAUCCAUAAUGUUCCUGUCCUCAUCUUCUCCACCGGUGGCUUCACCGGCAAUCUCUUCCACGAGUUCGACGAGACCAUCAUCCCUUUGUUCAUCACUUCUUACCACUUUCAAACUCGGGUUCGGUUUCUCAUUACCGAUCACAAAACUUGGUGGGUUCAAAAAUACAACCGAAUUCUCUCUGGUUUAUCUCGUUUCAAUGUCAUAAAUCUAGCCGAAGAUGGAUCUGUCCAUUGUUUCAAUGGAGGUGUCAUAGGAUUGAAAUUUCACAACAUUUUAUCCUUGAACAACACUGAUAUUCCCGGGGGUUAUUCCAUGUCGGAUUUUCGGAGUUUCCUGAGACAAACCUAUAACUUAAAAGUGAAUAAUGUGAGUGAAUUGAGCGGGAAAAAACCAAUGGUGAUGUUGAUAUCUCGUCAAACCUCAAGGAGGUUUAUGAACGAAGGAGAAAUGGUUGAGAUGAUGAAGGAAGUUGGGUUUGAAGUGAUGACAACAACGCCACAAAGAAUGUCGAAUUUGGACAAGUUUUCGUCGGUGGUUAACUUGUGUAGUGUGAUCAUUGGGGCACAUGGGGCCGGGCUAACGAAUGAGGUGUUCUUGGCAAACGGCGCGGUAGUGGUGCAAGUGGUGCCAUUCGGGCUUGAUUGGCCUUCUACGUAUUUCUUUGGGAAGCCAGCGGCUGAGAUGGAGCUUCAAUAUUUAGAGUAUAAGAUUGAGGCAAAGGAGAGUUCUUUAUGGGAUAAAUAUGGAGAAAAUCAUCCGGUUAUUAGAGACCCUGAGUCCAUAUUUGCCCAAGGUUACUUUGCUAGCAGAGCUAUUUAUAUAGAUGAACAGAAUUUGAAGAUAAAUUUGACUAGGUUUCGGGAUACUAUGAUUCAAGUAAAGAAAUUGAUCGAAGAAAAAAGAGGAAGUUGGUGAACUGAAACACGAAACUCGUCUAGAAUAAGUAAAGUCACCUUUUGUGCAUCAACAAUUUUACAUUGUACAAUUCUACUAUGGAACAAUUGUACAAUUCGAUCAUAACAUCCCAAAAUUUGUCUAUUUUCAAACAAUAUAGAUUACAUUUACACAUCAUGACAGCCUAAACUGGUUGCCUUGAAUUUUACAUUGCAACCAAUACUUAUUUUGAUACAAUAACUUGUACUCAGAAAUGCAAGUAGAAUCAUGGUUUACAACAUACCCACCUCCAAGAUAUUCAAGGAAAAUGAGGGCAUCAGAAAGCAUAAACUUACUAUACAGUUAUGCUAGAUUCUGCCCAAUUGAAUAAUAUAGAAAUUAGAGAUACUUUCUUUUCUGUAAAUCACGAAUCAUCAAAGAGGCUGCAGAGUUCUCUGCCUCUUUUACUCUUGACUUCUCAUCUCCGAUUAUAGAGUGCGUAUCAUUAAAAGUGGAAAUUUUAACACAGCAAACAAAUCUUCUUCCAUGUGGGUGUCCAAGAACUUCUUUACUGCAAGUAAGAAAUCAAUGAGGUGUUUAGUGGUUGAACACGUUGGAAAAAGGAGAUGAUCUGCGUUGAACUUUUGUUUCUGACCCAAAAAAUGACUUGCAAUAAAAGCGCAAUAUUCUUCUAGAGCUUAAACUCAAGAAAAAAAAAGAGGAUUUUUUUAAGCAUACAAUAUAUACAUGAAAGUAUUACAUUCAGGAGAGAGCAGAGUUGAACCAAAAAUAUGAAAGAAAAAAACCUUCCAAACAAAAUAAAAUUUGCAUUUAGCCUUACUAAAUAUAUAUUUUUUAGUUAAAAAAGAAGAAAACACUCUAAUUAUUACUACUUUCCAAGGAGCCUUGAGGCUUCACAAAAGGUGUACGUCUUAUUUUGUGAGCGUCACCUUGGAAAAGAAAUGUGCCAGACCUGAUCCUUGAGCCUAGGCGUGUGUCCAGGAAGACCUUUUAAAACAAUACUCGAUAUAAUGCAAACAGGUAUCCAAGAGUUCAUUCACAUAAAAAAUCAACAUCUAAGAAGGAAAAGUAAAAGGAAGCAAACCAAGUUUGUGUAGUUUUACUCAUACAAGGUAAAAGUAUAUUGCACAGAGGAUGGAGAUUCAAAAGAACACAAGUUUUAACAAAUCAGUGUAUAGAUAUUGUUGGAAACAAGAGGCUUUGUUGAUAGUUUAUUGCGUUGAGAGUAUUUUAAUAUUGUAGUUUACCCUAAGUUUAUUUCCUUUUUUUGUAUUAAUGCUUGCUAAAACUUUUAAAGUUAUCUUCCCUUGUAACUUUCAAUGUGUGUGAAAAUAAUAAAAAGUUACUCUCUAUCGUGGUUCUUUCUUC